AUGGACUUUUCAACAUUUUCCAAAGAAAGCCCUGCUCAUAAUGAUUUUAGAAGUGAUACUUUCACAACACCAACAGUUUCUAUGAUUCAAUCAUUAGCUACAACCAGUUUAGGUGAUUCUGUAUACAAUGAAGAUUCCAAAACUAAAGAAUUAGAACAAAAGGUUGCAGAACUAACAGGUAAAGAAGCAGGAUUAUAUUGUGUUUCGGGUACAUUAAGUAAUCAAAUUGCAAUGAGAGUGAAUUUAUUUCAACCACCUUAUAGUGUAUUAACUGAUUCAAAAGCUCAUGUUUAUGUUGAUGAAGCAGCAGGUCUUUCUACAUUAACACAAGCUCGUCCUCAACCAAUAACUCCUAAAAAUGGAAUUCAUUUAACUUUAGAAGAUGAUAUUUUACCAAAUUUUAUACCAGAUGAUGGAGAAAUUCAUUCAGCUCCAACAAAAUUAAUAUGUCUUGAAAAUACAUUACAUGGAAUGAUUUUUCCAAUAGAAGAAAUCAAAAAAAUUUCAAAAUUUUGUAAAGAAAAUGAUGUAAAAUUACAUUUAGAUGGUGCAAGAUUAUGGAAUGCAAGUGUUGCAACAGGUAUUUCAUUGAAAGAAUAUUCAAAAUAUUUUGAUAGUGUUUCAUUAUGUUUAUCAAAGACAUUAGGUGCACCAAUUGGUACAGUUUUAGUUGGUGAUAAAAAGUUUAUAUUAAAAGCAAAUCAUUUUAAAAAACAAAAUGGUGGAGGUAUUAGACAAAGUGGAUUAUUAGCAAGUAUGGCAAUAACAGCAAUUGAUGAAAAUUUUUCGAAAUUACAAAAGACUCAUGAAAUGGCCAAAGAAUUAGGAGAUUUAUGUAAUGAAAAAGGUAUAAUCUUGGAACAUCCAGUACAAACAAAUUUUGUAUUUAUAGAUAUAACAAAAAAUAAAAUUGAUCCAAAUAAAUUAGUUGAAAUUAGUAAUAAAUAUGGUGUUAAAAUAUAUUCGGGAAGGGUUGCGUUUCAUUAUCAAAUUUCAAAAGCUUCAUUUGAAAAAGCUAAACAAGUUAUAUUAGAGGCUGUUGAUGAUGACCUUAUUGAGUACCUCGAAGACGAUUUCAAUUUUGAAACAACAUUACGAUUAUUGAAUGAUUUGAAAUUGCAAUCCAAGAUCCAAAAUUUGAAAUCUCCAAUAAAGUAUAAACAAUUAGUAUCAAAUUUAUUCACAAGACAUGUUUUGAAUAAACAAUUACAAAAACCUAUAUUUUAUAAGUUAGAGUAUCUGUAUAAUCAAUAUGGGAAACCAAUACUACCAGGAAUAAGUUUCAAUUCAAGUUCAUCUAAUGAAAUAAUUGCAAUAGCUAUAUCUAACAAAGACGUAGGAAUUGAUUUAUCUCAUACAACUCAAAAUAUUUCAUCUACAGAUUAUAUUGAACAAUUCAAACCAAUGUUUUCUGCUGAUGAAAUAGACCAAGUGACUACUUACUUCAAAUUUAAUCAUCUUUGGACAUUGAAAGAAGCAUUUACAAAAUUAUUAGGUUGUGGGUUGAAUAUUGAUUUAUCAAAAUUUCAUUUUGAAUUGAAUAAUUUUAAUGAUGAAUUUGGUAUGUUGGAGAAAGAAAAUAGAGGUGAAGAAGCAAUAGUACAUAUGAAAUGGUAUGAUAAUAUCUCAAUCAAUGCAGAGCAAUUAUUUAAUGAAGAAAAUGAAUUUGUUGAAGGUUUUAAAAAUCAAUUUUAUUGCUAUAGUACAUGUUUGAAGUAUUCAAUUGAUUCGCUACCUGUCAUAUGUUCAUUAAUUACUCCAGAACCGGUAAAAAUUCAAUGUAUAGAGAUUGAUUUUUUACAAGUUUUACUGAAUCAAAGCUAA